GCUUUUUUAAAUAGCUAAAGAAAGGCAUGGAGGGCACAGAUAGUUAUAAUUAUGAUGAAAUGGACUUAGAUGAAUUAAUGUUACCUCCUCCUGCAUUGAUUCGAUAAAAUGCCUUCAUUCAAGAAGAAGAUGAGACUCCAUAAUUCAUACUUACAACUUAAACUGAAUGUACUUAUAAGGAGGAGGAAUGUCCCAUUUGUUUUUGCCCUCUUAAUGAGGAAAAUACUGUAAAAUUAUUAUGUGGACAUGUCUUAUGUUAAGACGAUUUAAAUCAAAUGAUGUAAUCUUAGCAUUCGGAAACCCUUAAAUGCCAUAUCUGUAGAACUCUUUAGAUUGUAAAUUUAUCUUGUGUAUGUGUUAAAUGAUAUUGUUG